AUGGCCCUCUGGCCCCUGAACCCUCAGAGUCCGGCAUUGGCAUCCUCAGGGGGAAGAAGCCUCCUCUUUCCCAAUGGUUCCAACAAAGCUGAGAACUCUUGGAACCCAGGCUUCCGGUUACAAAAGGCUCCCAGUGAGACCUACAUCCAGAUCUCCCAUCCCACCCCGAGGCUGGUCCCAGACAACGAAGCUCCCUGCCAGGCCCCGCCAAGGCUGCCAGUCACCGGGAAUUACGCGCUGGUGCUACCAGCACACGGGGCUCCUGGGAGGACGGGCCGGGCGUCCGCGCUGCCUCUCCCCCGCGCCGCCUCCCCUCCGCCCCCUCCCCUCCGCCCCCUCCCCUCCGCCCGCGCUACCUCUCCCCCGCGCCCCUCCCCCGCCGGGCCGCCGAGCCCAGACGCGAGCGCCGGGCGCUGGGCGCCGGGCGGGCGGGCCAUGGCGCGGGCGCGGGCGGCGGGCUCGCGGGGCCGGCCCGGGCGGUGCGCGCUGCUGGUCUGCGUCGCGUGGACCGCGGGUUGGGUGCUGGCGGCCGCGCUGCUGCUCCGCGCGCACCCGGGCGUCCUCUCCGAGCGCUGCACCGACGAGAAGAGCCGGCGCAUCCUGACCGCGCUGUGCCAGGACUACCGGGGCGGCGCACUCGGGGGAGACCUGUGCGAGGACCUGUGCGUGGCGGGGCAGCUACGGUACCGGCGCUGCCUGUACUACGAGCGGGGCAAGAAGGUGCUGCAGGCUGACUGGCGCGGCCGGCCCGUGGUCCUCAAGUCCAAGGAGGAAGCCUUCGCCAGCUUCCCGCCGCUCGGCCUCCUGGACGGCCAGCCCGAGGCCGGCGGCCCUGGCUUCCCGGAGGCAGAGCUCCUCCUGCUGGCGGCCGGGGAGGUCAAAAGCGCGCUGGGCCUGGAGCUGGCCGAAGGCGGCCUGGGGCGGCUGGGCCUGGGGCGGCGGGGGCCCCGGCUGCGGGGUCAGCUGGCCAGCCUGUGGGCGCUGCUGCAGCAGGAGGAGUUCGUCCUGCUCAGCCUGCUGCGGGGCCGCAGCCCGCACGCGCCGCCCGUGCUGGGCUCCUGCGGCCACUUCUACGCCGUGGAGCACCUGGCCGCGGGCAGCCCCCGCCUCCGGGCCCUCUUCCCCCUGGACGGCGCGGCCCGCGGAGGCCGGGCCCAGGCGCGCGCGCUCAGCGGCGUGGCGCUCAGCUUCCUGGACAUGGUCCGCCACUUCGAGCACGACUUCUCGCACCGCCUGCACCUCUGCGAUGUCAAGCCCGAGAACUUUGCCAUCAGAAGCGACUUCACGGUGGUGGCUAUUGACGUGGACAUGGCCUUUUUUGAACCUAAAAUGAGGGAAAUUCUUGAGCAGAACUGCACGGGAGAUGAAGAUUGCAAUUUCUUUGACUGUUUUUCAAAGUGUGAUUUGCGAGUGCACAGGUGUGGAGCCCAGAGAACCAACAGCAACCUGCAGGUCGUCUGCGACAAGAUCCUCCGCCACUGGUUCUCCUCGCCCCGCGGCAGCCCCGCCGUGUCGGCCCCGCUGCGGCGGCAGCUGCGGGCGGCGGUGCUCGAGUGCGCGGCCCCGGGGGCCCAGGGCGCGGCGCCCCGCGUGCUCGCGAAGCUGCGGCGCCUCCUCCAGGCCGCGCUGCGGGAGCUGCAGGAGGAUGAGUAGCCGCGGCCCCCGCGCGGUGAAGGGAGCGCGUCCGCAGCGCGGACAAAGGCCUCGGGGACACUUACUGUGUGCGGAGCGGGCCGCCCGGCGCUGUUCGUCCCUCAGCCGCCUCCUCCCUCUGCUCUGCUUUGAGGACCCCCUCCGGGCCUCGCCCGUCACCCCUUCGA